GGCCCGCGCGGGGAUUGGAGGGGGUCGGCGGCUGCGGGCGGGGCCGGAAGGUGGCCGGCAUCAUGGCGGCCACGCCGCAGCUGCGGGACCGCCUGAGCUUCCUGCACCGGCUCCCGAUUCUCCUGAAGGGAACGUCAGACGACGAUGUCCCGUGUCCGGGCUACUUGUUUGAGGAGAUCGCCAAGAUCUCGCACGAGUCCCUGGGCAGCAGCCAGUGCCUCCUGGAGUACCUUCUGAACCGUCUGCACAGCGGCUCUGGCCGAGUGAAGCUCAAGGUGCUGAAGAUCCUGCUCCACCUGUGUGGUCACGGCUCCUCGUCGUCCCUGCUCAUCCUCAAACGCAACCCUGCCUUCAUCCAGGAAGCCGCAGUUUUCUCAGGGCCCCCGGACCCUCUCCACGGAAACAGCUUGUACCAGAAGGUGCGGGCGGCCGCCCAGGACCUGGGGAGUGCCUUGUUCUCGGACAGCCUGUCCCCCCUGCCUCCCUCCCAGCCUCCCAGGGCCCUGCCUCCAGCAGGCAUGGGCUCCGAGUCCAGGCCCCAGGGUGCCCUCCAGGGCUUCGGCUACAGCAAGGAACGGGGCCCCACAGGCUCUGCGGGCGAAGCCUUCCUCUCCACCAUCCAGAAGGCUGCAGAGGUGGUGGCCAGCGCUGUGCGCCCUGGGCCCGGGAGCCCCGGCACCCGGAGGCCCCUCCCGCGAGGUGACGCCUACCAGCCUGCCGUGACGCCCGCAGCUGCCCGUGGUGGCCCCGUGGCUCUCCUGGGCACCCGAGGAAGUGUCACGAGACCCCAGCCCGGGCAGGCGGGAGGGGGCUGGGACGAGCCAGACAGCGGCUCCAGCUCCCAGAAUUCGUCCCGGGAGAGCGGUGACCCAGGCAAGGUCUCCAACUCGGGCAGUCGGUCGGGCAGUGACAGCCCCUCAGCGGCCAGCCAGGCACCCAGCGACCUGGCAGAGCGGGUUGAGGCCAUGACCCUGAGUGACUGCCAGCAGGAGCAGAGUCUGGUCCAGACGGUGACGCGGGGGCCACGCCCCUUUCUGAGCCGAGAGGAGGCACAGUGCUUCAUCAAAGAGUGCGGGCUGCUCAACUGUGAGGCGGUCCUGGAGCUGCUGAUGCGCCGCCUGGACGGGGCCGGCGAGUGCGUGCAGAUGAGGGCGCUGGGCGCCAUCGCCUCCCUGGGCCACACCGACCUGCUCUCCCAGGAACACAUCCUGCUCCUCACCCGGCCACGGCUGCAGGAGCUCAGCGCGGGCAGCCCUGGACCUGUGACCAACAAGGCCACCAAGAUCCUGAGGCACUUUGAAGCCUCCUGCCGACAGCGGCCCCCCCCCGCCUGGAGGCCGCCAACCGAGCCGGGCCCUGCGUCUGCCCGCGGGGGCCCCGCCGACCUGCUAACCGACGCCGUGCCUUUCUCCGGGAGCCAUGCUUUCCUACAGCCGCUGAGUUCCGCCCUCUUUCUGGCCCAGGGCCCUGCGCACCCCCUUCCCCCAGACGGCUCCCCCCUCUCAGUCCCUAGGGAGGCCGAGGCUGGACUGGUGGGCUCCAGAGUGGAGGGGGCCGGAUCUGAGUGGAGCCCGCGGGGCACGGGCUCCCCAGAGGGGGCGCCAGAACUUUGCCCAGGGCCCAGCGGCGGCUGCAGGUCCCUGUUUGCUGGCAUGGAACUGGUGGCCUGUCCCCGCCUGCUGGGGGCCGGUCCCGCCACGGAAGAGGCCCCCCAGGCCCCCUGGACGUCGUCACAGAGGACGGCAGCAGCAGGAGCGCCUCCCGGCUCAGAACCUUCUGCUUUCCCAUUCCUAAACUCGUGACCUUGCCAGCCUGGGCCACGUGGGGAGUCACCGUGGCCCCGGCCUAUAAAUCCCAGGACGCCGGGACUCUGUGCUGUCCCUUUUGCCCACAGCCCCCAUGUCCUACUGAAGAGUGUUUCCUCUUGGGUGGCUGUGGCCGGUCCUGCUCUCCCUCCGGCUGCUUCCCCUCACUCGCAGGGGACGCAGCGCCGGCAGCUGACCAGAGCGAACACGACCACCGCCAGUCAAGCCCCGGGGGUGCGCCCGGAGUGCACGAGCCCACAGCGCCGGGAGGCACCAUGCAAAGGGUCCACAGGGGUCAGCUCCCAACCCAAAAGUGGGUUCGCCGUUUUCCUGCUGGAUGAGGCAGGCCCCCCAUCGUGCACGGGCCCCUCCUGUGGGUGUGGUGGCUGGAGGGACAGCCCCGAGGCCUUGAGGGAGAGCGGGACCCGCGCCGAGCUGGGCCCGUUUCUAGGCAGAGUUAGGAACUGAGCUGCUCGUUCGGGGUGGUGGCUGGGGUCCCCAGGUCUCCGGCCUUGCAGCCGUCUGGAGGCCCGACCUGCAGACACUGUCAGGCCCCUCUCCCUACAGCCAGAUGGACUUCAAGGGGGACCAGGUGGCCAGAGGGCGAAGCACGGCCUGCGUGGAGGGGACAGGAGCUCCUAAUGAGUGGUCGGGGGCUCCCAGGGUCCUCACAGGCACCGUGCAGAAGGGCCCCUGGCCCCUCUGUGGGGGGUGAGUCAGGAGGAGACCAUCCAGGCCAUGGCCCUUGCCACCCUUAGAGGAGGGCUUGGGCUACCUCAGUUUCCCCCCAUGUCUCCCUUACCCGAGGCUACUCUCUGGACUUGACUUCCUGCAGCAGCAGGCCUGGGAAACGCUGACCUCAGGGCCCCGGACACCCGUGCCUGCCUCUCAGAAACAAGGGGUUUUGUGUGGAUUUGGAACCAUGGCUUGGCUCUUUGUUUUUGGGCUCAGAGCACUCCCUUUGCAGGGAGAAGCAGCUUCGCAGCCUCAUGUCCACGGGGGGUGGGGGUGGGUCGGGGUCAGGCUGUUUGUGCUGCCAGGUCCCGGUGUGACCCAGCUCCCUGCGUUGCCUGCUCCCUGCAGACUGUGUGGGGGCGAAGGUUCUGGUGCCCUGGGGGUGCCAUGGUGCCACUCCAGGGAUGCAGCCCCAAAACUCCCGAAUAAACACGGUCGUUCAUGCAAGGCCUCA